UCCAGCCCAAGGGCAUGAAGAUGUUCACUUCACUGGGGUUCUUCUUUGCUACCCUCUCUUUAGCAAGAUGUAUCCCCGUGCAGCCGGUAUCCAACCGCAGCAAAGUCCUCCUUGUGUCCUUUGAUGGCUUUCGGUGGAACUAUGACCAGGAUGUGGACACCCCCAACCUCGAUGCUAUGGCCGCGGAGGGGGUGAAGGCACGGUACAUGACUCCUGCCUUUAUCACCAUCACCAGCCCAUGCCACUUCACACUGCUGACUGGGAGAUACCUGGAGAACCACGGAGUCAUUCACAACAUGUGGUUCAACACCAGCACAGGUCAGAAAUUGCCCUACCACAUGACGCAAGGCGUGGACAGCUGGUGGGACAACGGCAGCCUGCCCAUCUGGAUCACCGCUCAGAGACAGGGUUUAAAGACAGGUUCUAUCUAUUUCCCUGGAGGAAGAGCAAAAUAUCAAGGGGAAGAAGUGAAUAUGAAGUUGGUGGAGCACCCCUUGUUCAACUACAGCAAUGAAACCAACUGGAGAGAGAACAUUGACAUCACCAUGGAAUGGUUCACGGUCAACAACCUCGACUUCAUCGCCCUCUACUUCGGUGAGCCGGACUCAGCAGGACAUAAGUAUGGGCCUGAAUCCACACAGAGGAAAAACAUGAUCAAGCAGGUGGACAGAACCAUCGGUUACUUGAGGCAGCGUAUCCGGGAAAGUGGCCUGGAAUCAAACCUCAACCUCAUCAUCACGUCUGACCACGGCAUGGAGAGUGUCAUAAAGACCAAUGAGAUUCAUAUCCAGACAGUACAGAACUUCUCAUUCAAAGACAUCCAGUUUGAACUCUUAGAUUAUGGACCAAAUGGACUACUGGUGCCAAAAGAAGGAAAAUUAGAGCAUGUGUACUCAGUCCUGAAAAAUGCCCACCCAAACUUACACGUGUACAAGAAAGCAGACUUUCCGAAGAGAUUCCACUAUGCCAACCAUCCCCGGAUCACCCCACUCCUGUUGUACAGUGAUCCAGGCUAUGUGAUCCAUGGGAGAUACAAGGUCCAGUUCAACGUAGGGGAACACGGUUUUGACAAUGAGGCCAUGAACAUGAAAACCAUCUUCCGUGCCGUGGGGCCGGCCUUCAAGCAGGGGCUGGUGGUCGAACCCUUCGAAAGCGUCAAUGUCUACGUCCUCCUCUGCAAGCUCCUGGGCAUCACCCCCGAGCCCCACGACGGCUCCCUGGACGCCGUGAAGCCCAUGCUGCGUUCAGGUGCUCCUCUCCCUCCUGCCACGAAGCUGCCGGUGAUGCUGGGAAUUGCUCUUGUUCUGGGAUGCUGGGGAGGAAUAUACUAACACCCCCCCACCAGAGCCUCCAAGUUCCAGGCAGCUCUACCAGAAAUGCGUGGAGAAAUGAGAAAGGACAUGUCUCAUGAAGACAACCGGUCCCAGUCUCAGAGAAUUGUAGAGUUCCCAAAAACCUCCCCAAAUUACCGAUCCACAUUCCUCCAGAAUGACUGAGUCCCAGGGGAGAGAUGCCUCUCCCAAGCUUUCAGGUGCGCACCAGGAUGCACCACUGUGGAAGCUGGAACCGAUGGACAGUCUGACCUCGACAAGGUUACCCCAACUUCCCUUUCUGCUCAAGGCACAACAACUCCAACUCGGUUCAGACCAGAGACAGUUAAUACCUGUUGAGCAUCUAAAGCAAUU